GGGCUCACAAGGACGCUGUCCUUGUUUAUAAAUAUUUAUUUAUAGGCAAGUAUUCUUAUAUUUGUUCAUAAUUGGUAAAAAUGAGCUCUGUUGAGAACGAUGUUCUCGACUUAUCGGAUGUGAACGGAGACUCGGAGUUUUCCGGUUUCGAAUCUGGUGAUAUCGUUGAUACACCAUAUGUUGCUUCUAUGGUUGAGGUUUCCACCGUGACUACUAAAGAGAAACGUGGAAAAAGUCCCGUUAAGGGAAAAAAGAAAGUUAAGUCCGUUGUCAAAAAGGCCUCAAAACCAGUUAGUCGUAAUCAGACACCUACAAACAAGUCAAAAAAGUUGCCAUUAUCUUCUAUUGACAUAAAUCAGCUCUCAAAGGAAGAUAUUGUAAAAUUAAGACAGAAACUGGGUAUUCCAGAUGUUGACCCCCACUAUUAUGAUACAUUUGAUGAAUAUUCUUAUCAAGAGGUGGAUCGGCCAAAUUUACAUGUGCAAAUAAAUUCAGAGGAUGUUUCAGACACUGAAACUCCAGGACCUUCUAGGUCUAAGAAUAUUGAAGAAGAGCUGUUUGGCUCAGUUACUUCUGAGGAUGAAAAUUGGCAGCCUCCUAAAUUGAAGGCUUUAGAAACGGAUAAACCCAUUGCUAAAUCUUUAGCAAAAUUGAUUAAUGUGGCAUGCACUUCUCAGUGCGAUAUAGAGGAAAUUGCAAAGAAAUAUAAGAUUCCUGAAAAUGUUGAUAUGGCUGGACCACCACUUGUUAAUCCUGAAAUCUGGAAAAUAUUAGAUAAAAGAGUGCACACACAAGACAGAGGUUUGGCUGAAAUUCAGAAUAUUGUUGCCACAGCCAUGGUACCGGUAAUCAAAUUAGCUGAAAAUCUGAAAUCGGCUGCAUUAAAUCAGGGAACAAAAACCCUUUUGUCGGACACACUUACAUUGCUUGGUCAAGUACAGUACAAUAUUUCAGUAAAGAGGCGCUACAGCAUUCGUCCUCAUUUGAAAAAGAAAUACUUUGGACUGUGUAAUAUAUCAAUGCCUAUUACAAAGAAUCUGUUUGGCGAUGAUGUGUCCAAGGAAAUUAAAUCAUGUGACUCGAUGGCAUAUAUUGCUAAGGAUUCCCAGUAUGGGUCCUACAAACCAUGGCGGGGACGUGGAACCAACAGACCAUUUCGCAGAGGAUAUUCUGGGAAUUAUAGAUUCCAGCCAUAUCCUGUACAGAGAGGAAAUUUCUCCAGACCUUUCAGGGCCAGAGCAGGCCGGGUAGGAGCUACUUCAGCUUACCCAAACGACAAGUAGAUUCCUCGGCUACCAAAACACAGGGACUUGCUCACCCUGCCACACAACGGACAGGAGCAUCCGUUAGCAAAGAAGAUCAUCAUGGGCGCAGCAGUCUUAUCCGGAAAUCACUUGAGAGUCAAGGACUUUUACCAGAAACUGCAAACACUAUCAUCCAGUCAUGGAGACCUGGAACUAGGAAGCAAUAUGACCUGGCGUGGAAACGAUGGUAUUUUUGGUGUUUACGAAGGAAAGUUAAUCCCCUUAUUACGACUGAAAUUAAAGUAGUUGAUUAUCUUUAUUAUUUAAAGUAUAAUAAUAAAUCUUACUCAGUUCUUAACACACACAAAUCAAUGCUUCU